AUGUCGCGGCGCGGUUUGCCGAAACUCGCCCCGGAAGGGGCGCUACUGCGCGGGGAUGCGCGGCCGUUGCUAGCUGCUGCACUGAGCGACUCGCUCGGACCGUUGCGGCAUCGAGCGCACGUCUCGGAGCGCGAAGGAGCGCCAACGAAGGUCGCGCGCCCUUCACUGCCGCAUGAUUCGUCAACGUGGUCCCCCUCGAGCGCCACCGUGCACCUCUCGGCCCUAUCGAACGCUGUCUGCGAGGACUGCGUCGCUCCCGCGAUCGCCAGCCUGCACGGAGGGCCCUCUCGGGCAUGGGUGGCCAGCUCCACUGCAGCGACACGCCAAUGGUCGCUCGCGGCCGCGGAGCCGGCCUCCGUCCGCCUGCUCCGCAUCGCCUCUUCUCCUCGCAACACGGAGCGCAAGGAGCUCGACCCAGCCUCGCCCUCCACCACCGCACUGCCCAACCUCGCCAACAGCAGCAACGCCUGUCAGGCGGACACCCUGAAGGUGGCAGACGCGGCGGCGUGCGACUCCGCGAUGGAGGACCUGGACGAGCGCGCGAAGCGGUACGAGAUGUUCGCGCGCGAGACGCCCCUGCACAAGAAGCUCAAGUCUGGCGCGAAGCAGGCUGCGCGGGCGGCAGUGGCGAUGGCGCGCAACCUCCCGAGCAAGUUGGCGGCGCUGCGGGCGAUGACGAGCGAGGACUGGGCCGAGUGGCGGCGCGGAGCGUGGCAGGCGACGAAGGAGGUCGCGCACCACUACUGGGUCGGGACGAAGCUGCUCUGGACGGACGUGCGCAUCGCGCUGCGUCUGACGAGCAAGGUGCUGUCCGGGAAGCAGCUGUCGCGCCGGGAGCGCCGGCAGCUCACGAGGACCACCGCGGACGUCGUGCGGCUGGUUCCGAUGAUGGCGUUCGUCAUCAUCCCGUUCAUGGAGCUGCUGCUGCCCGUGGCGCUCAAGCUGUUCCCGAACAUGCUCCCGUCGCAGUACGAGGACAAGCUGAAGCGCGAGGAGGAGAUGCGCAAGCAGCUCAAGGCGCGCAUGCAGGUCGCCGCAUUCCUCCAGGACACGUUGGUGGAGCUGGCGAAGGACCUGGAGCAGUCGCGCGACGGUGCGACGGCGGAGUCGGCGUCCGACCUGAUCGAGUUCGUGUCCCGCGUGCGCGCGGGCGAGCGCGUGACGAACGAGGAGAUCAUGCGCUUCGCGCCCAUCUUCAACGACGAGCUCACCCUCGACAACCUCGACCGGCUGCACCUGAUCAAUAUGUGUCGAUUCGUCGGCAUCGCGCCGUACGGGUCCGACGCGUUCCUGCGGGCGCGGCUGCGGCAGCACAUCAUCAGUCUGAAGCGCGACGACAUCGCGAUCAGCCGGGAGGGCCUCGACGCGCUCACGGAAGGGGAGCUGCGUGAGGCGGCGCGGGCGCGUGGCAUGCGCGCGCCCUUCGGGCCGCACGCGCGGCCGUACCUGAUCCGCGACCUGCAGGACUGGCUCGACCUGUCGCUCAACCGAAGCGUGCCGUCGUCGCUCCUGAUCCUGUCCCGCGCGGUCACGCUGUCGCGUCCGGGCGCGCCGCGCGCGACGACGGACACGGGCGAGGUCUUGCGCGACGCCCUCGGCGCCAUCCCCGACGACGCGGUGGAGGAGAUCGAGGCGGCGUCCGCGCGCCUGGGGGUGGAGGUGACCGACCUGGCGGCGCGGACGCAGGCGAUGGAGCGCAAGAUCGAGGCGUUGCGGAUGGAGGAGGAGGCUCUGCGGGAGGACGAGGCCGAGGAGGCGGACCGGCGCGCGAGCCUGGAGCACGCGCGGGCGUCGGCGGCGGCGAGCGGGGAGGGCGCGUCGGACGGCGCGACGCGCGGGCCGGAAGAGGUCGCGGCGGCCGCGACCGCGCGCGCGAUCCUCGAGUCCGCGGCGACGGCCGUGGUCCAGAAGGAGCUCACGGCGUCGGGGGUGUCCCCGGAGGAGGUGCAGUACGAGGAGCUGGCGGAGCGGGAGCGGAAGCUGAAGGAGGUGGUCAGUGCGCUCUCGACGCUGGCGACGGGGACGCUGGAGGAGGAGCGCUCGAAGUUCGUCGAGCUCGUCAGGAAGGAGAUGGACAUCAUCCAGGAGACGACCCCCGGAGACGCGGGGGUGUUGGAGUUCACGGGGGGGUCUCUCAAGUCCUCCACGGUGGUGCUCAAAGACCUCCAGUCCGGCGCGCUCGCCGCGAAGCUCAACAAGAUGCUCUCGUCGAUCGAGCGCGACAUCGACCGCGUCGAGUCCCUCUCCGGCGAAGCCUUCAAGAUCGUGCAGAUGGGCCCCGACGGGGUCGUCCCGCAGGACGAGCUCGUGCGCGCGCUCAGCUUCCUGCGCUCGCGGCUCGGCGAGGACGAGACGCGCGUGCUGCUCGAGCGGCUCGCUGGCGAGGACGGGGUGAACGUGGACGUGAAGAAGCUCAUGUCGCUGGCGCAGGAGACGGAGUUCGCGGACUCGAUGCUGCGGCCGCCAUCGAACGCGCCGUGA